UUCAGGAGCCACCACCUCCAUACUCAAGUUCUGCCUUACCCCUGACACCUAUCGAAAGAAUUGCACCCGCUUCAUCCUCAUCCUCCCCCCUACUCAUUGAACCCGUCAGGGCCCCUGACCUCACCACCAUACCAUCAGGGGGCCCCAAGCGGGGGCACGGAGGGGCGAGGAAGAAAGAACCAGAGAAAGGGGCCAAGGGCAAGAAAAAAGGGAAGGCAACUGUGGAAAUGCAAAGGCUUUGAGGAGAAGAUGACCAACUACCAAUGCUCAACAUUCAUCAAGACAACCUGUGAUUUUACAGGAACCAAAAAAACAAGCAUUCCUCGUAACAACUGGUAGGAAUGACUGUUACAUUUAGGCAACAAGCAUUCCUCGUAACAACUGGUAGGAAUGACUCUUACAUUUAGGCAAUAAGCAUUCCUCAUAACAACUGGUAGGAAUGACUGCCCCUAUUGAAUAAUAAUUCCAGAGCUUAUUUUAAUCAAAAUGGAUUUCAAUGGAUGGAUUAGACCACAUUCCUAACAAAUGAUGUGAACCCUUCCUGAACAAACUCAUGUCGUUAGGGGAUUAAGUUAAUCCAGGUGUCGGCAACAACCUGGUGACGUGUGUAUGUCAGGUGAAAUUUUUCGUUGAUGUCACAGGAUCUCCACCCCUUCCCCCCAUCUGCUGUAUUGAUGUACCUAAAAUUGUUUCUACUUUGUAAUCUGUGACGGUAACAAAAUGAAUGAUCUUUGCUAUGGAUGGAAUAGAGCUGAAAUGUUGGCGAGAUUAGCAAAGAUAUAUAGCUGAUGUAGUUUCAGAAGUCAAAAGUGCUCUCAUGUCAUUUUAGGAGAGUGGACGAGGGUCAUUUACAUGGGUGUCACUCACUUGGUGAGCAACAUGGAGUGUGACAGAACUGUCACAAAACUGUCACAAUUAUUUUAGUUUCACUCACACAUGACAGAACUGUCACAAUUAUUUUAGUUUCACUCACACAUGACAGAACUGUCAAAAUUAUUUUAGUUUCACACACACAUGACAGAACUGUCACAAUUAUUUUAGUGUUUCUCAUGUGACAGCAGUAUCGUAUCAUAAAACGUAUUAUUUGUUUACUUACAAUCCAAGGGUACGAGACCCAACCCUACCAGACCCAACUCC